GCGAGAAGAAGGCCGAGAAAAUGCCAGCCAUUAAGCUGCAAAGCUCAGAUGGAGAGAUCUUUGAGGUUGAUGUAGAAAUAGCAAAGCAAUCCAUCACUAUCAAAACAAUGUUGGAAGAUCUAGGUAUGGAUGAUGAAGGUGAUGAUGAUCCAGUGCCACUCCCAAAUGUGAAUGCUGCUAUUCUGAAAAAGGUGAUCCAGUGGUGUACACAUCACCGAGAUGACCCUACCCCACCAGAGGAUGAUGAAAACAAAGAAAAGCGAACCGACAACAUACCUGUGUGGGAUCAAGAGUUUCUGAAAGUUGACCAGGGCACACUCUUUGAAUUAAUUCUGGCUGCAAACUACCUUGAUAUCAAGGGCCUUCUAGAUGUAACCUGCAAAACAGUGGCAAACAUGAUUAAAGGAAAAACCCCUGAAGAAAUUCGCAAAACGUUCAACAUAAGGAAUGAUUUUACUGAGGAAGAGGAAACACAGGUACGGAAGGAAAAUCAGUGGUGUGAAGAGAAGUGAUCUGGUGGGAAACGACGUGUGCAGCUCGAUAGAAAAUCUCUGCUUGCACAAUUUAUUAAUCACUAAUAGCCUGUGAUACUUUGAAAUAUAUUGUCAAGAUAGCCAUGCAUAAACAUUUGUAAUAGUGUUAAUUUUGAGCUUAUGCUUGCUUCAUGAAACCUAUUCUUUAGUGUGUUGAA